AACAGCAUUUAACAAAAUUGGAACUUUUUUUUUAGGUCACGAUGAAUUACCUUUGGUUCAACCGAACUCUACCGCAAGCCGUAGUCGAACCCAGACUCCAUCAUCAGUUACUUCCGAUGUACAUUCGUAUCGAUAAAGAUUACCCCAUGCCCCUCUCCAUCCAGGAAGGCCUACAAAGGCUUGGACAUGAGGUCAGGAAUAUAAGCGGUUACGCAGUCGUUCAAGCUGUGGCCAGAAAUGAGGAUGGAACACUGACAGGCAAAUCCGACCCCAGGAAGAGUGGCUGGGCUGCUGGGUACUGAGGAGAUCUCAAUUCUGUUACUUCAUUGACUGUGCAUAUUUUAAGGAUAACUAUGGAACCUUCAUAAGUUCCCUGCUCUAUAUUUUCUAGUGUAUUAAAGGAGCUCAGUAACAGUGUUUUGAGCUAGUUGGAGCACGUACAAAACUACCUUUAAAUUGAAGGAAACCAGAAAAUAGUAGUUUACUAAGAAAAAAACUUAACCAUCCUUAUUCCUUUAUUCCAUAAAGGAAUAAGGAUGGUAAAGGAUCGGGAAAAGAUUAACACGGAUUGCAAACGACGAACUUGAAAAAUUUAGGCUUAACUUUUUAAGAUGCGCAAACCGUAAUGUAGCUCCUUUUAAAGCCAAUUCAAUUGAUGAAGGUCUGUUUUUUUUAAGUGUGAAAGUGAAUGAGCGAAAAAAAAGGUGAAAUAAAGUUUAAUUUAACCUUGACAAAUGGAUCACAGCAUCCAACAUGCAGUGUCUGAUAAUUAUUGUAUUUUUCCAACUCCCGGACCGCCCCUGUAGUUAAACACCUCUUGAACGUGCCAAUCAAUUAGAGUUCCAGAAUAUUUGUUGAAUUUCGUUUACUCUGUAAGACUGAAACUUUCAAUAGCUGUUUAUCAACCCUCACCGAAAUUUUGAUGAUUAAAUUGUUUCUCCACGUCAUUUGAAAUUGCUAUAGCAACCGCAUGUUUAGGUGCAAGUCAAGCUUAAAAUCAUCUUGUUGGAUGUAAUUAUUCGGUUUUUCCAGUUUGUCAGCAAAUAUUCGUAAUUGCCGAGAACAUAGCGAUUUUAUCGUUUGGUCGAGCUUUGAAAUUUCCAUUGCCAACGACAAAACCAAAAUAAUUUUCUGAAUCAAUCAGAUCAAUCUGCAUUUCCAAACAGGUCUGAAUAAGAUAUUCCUCGAAAAUCUGAGAAAGCCUACUUUGUCAGUUUAUGCCGUCCUUAUAUUUUCCACGAUCUUUACUGCAACUACCACAAAUCUUUACAAGCGUUCAUACAACUACGAGAAAUGUUUGUGCGUAUGACGCCAUGAUAAAAACGAUCUAGUCUAGCUGGGCUUCUUAGCGCGGGGCCAUUGUUUACAUAAUUGAUUUAUUUUUGAUGCUUCUUGCAUAAAUUACGUUAUUCUGUGCUCAAUUUUAAUGUACACAAGUACGGAGAUUUGAUCUUAGCGAGGUGGUUGCGCUCCUUAUCUUACACCAAGCGUGUUUGUUGAUUUUCCUUUACAUUGAAGGGUGUGUACGAGGCAAAAUGAGCAGCCAAGAAACUGCAAAGGAGGUUUCGUACAAGCCGGUUCAAAUCGAGGAAGACACCCCUCGUAAAAGAACUAACAACCGACGAAUUCUUAUUAUCGUUCUGGUAGUCACUAUCAUUGUGGUGGCAAUCGUCAUCGCUCUCACCAUUGUCCUGACGAGAGAAAAGCAGUCCAAACCGGACAAACCUGUUACCAAACCCCACCCAAGCGUGACACCAACCCCGAAACCUAUACUACCACCACCGACCGGACCCCCAGGGGCGGAUGGCCCCUACAAACACGCCGUAGUAGCAUCGGAUGCCGGUCUCUGCUCAGAGAUUGGCCGGGACAUUUUAAAGAAAGGGGGUUCUGCCAUGGAUUCGGCGAUCGCCGCCUUGUUCUGCAUUGGUGUUUACAACAUGCAUUCCGCUGGAGUGGGUGGGGGCGGCUUUAUGGUGGUGUACAAGAAGAGUACGAGGUUCGUAGAGGUGAUUGACUUUCGCGAGGAAGCGCCAGGGAAAGCCAAUAGAACGAUGUAUGUUGGAGGGAGAAUGAGCUCGACAAUAGGUGCGACAGCCGCCGGUGUACCCGGUGAGGUGAAAGGAUUCUUUGAAGCCUGGACAAAGUAUGGCAAACUGCCCUGGGCGGUUCUGGUACAACCUUCAAUUGACAUGGCGAGGAAGGGAUUUCCUUUUGGCCACUCAGCCUACUAUGCGGCGACACGGGCAAAGUAUACACCGCUUCUCAAAGCCGAUCCUGGACACAGGUUUGCAGGAUAAAGAUAAUUAGAGAAAUCAGAACUACAGUUCUGUUCGAAAAAGCUUAGAAUGGGGUUCAAAGUUUUAGGUUUUAGUUUUCCGUGGCAAUUUUGAUUUAUCUUUGAUAUACUUUCAGAGAUAUCCAAAUAAAGUGCGAUCAGUUUGAAGCCGAAAAUCUCGAGACUACGCCCUGAUCUGUCCCAUGAAAAAUCCCCAUCGUUACGUCAGGUUGCUAACUAAUAUACUAGUGCAACUGCUGCAAUCUGAUUGGUUGAUCUAUCGUGUACUAUCAGCCAUUAUUAGUUCUACUCGAAUACUAAUACAAAUGCUGCCAUCGCAGUGGUCGAGCCGUGAUCGUACACUUUCAGUCAUAGGCUGUGUGCGGUGGCUGGAGGUCGUCUGCGAAUGGCGAUUUUUUUCUCCUUUUAAUACAAAUCCUGAUGAACGAUAUAUUGUAAGAAAGUCUGCUAAGUAAGCGUAUGAAAACGUAUUUAUCAGUCCAUGUACACGAAGACGGAUGGGGGUGGGGCAAAUUCCUAAUGGGACAUAAC